AUGUUGAUUGCAUGGCUGGUCUUUCUAUUCGUGGAAGACUCGCUGGCCUCUAACUCGACAGCUCUGGUUAGUUGGCAGCAGGAAGGGAAUGGCCGCUCUGCAUGGGACAUCCUAUGGCCAUGCCUGACAACUAUCUUUGCUUGCACAUGGACCAUCCUCCACUUCGAUGUUUGGCCCCGAAAUGCCUGUUACAGAUGGGUUUGGCUCUUAUCAUUACGGGCAGGCAUUAUUGCCAUCUUAGCGCCCGAGAUGGUCUUCUGGUUCGCAGCUGCGCAGCGCGACUAUGUCAAAAGACUUAGGAAAGUGUGCAACGCUGCUCAAAAAGAAAGAGACAACGAGGUGGCGGAGCCCAAAGUAUGGCUUUCGGAGCACACUAGGCCCCUGGGACAAGCACAUAAUCUACACCAUAUCGAUUUGGUUCCAGUCAAAACGGAGUGGUCCCUUCCCCAAUGCUUUUGCAUUGUUUCAGGUGGGCUGGCUAUCCAAACGCAGGAUGAAUGGAUUUACACUGUACGAUUUACGGAGAUGAAAGCAUUCAUCCAAGCCGGCAUCCUCCAUUGCUCUGACUUCCGGGACCAGGAUAUCGAGGACCGGGCGAAAGUGGAUCCCUUCGCUAAAGGAUUCGCUAUUCUCCAGAGCACUUGGUUUCUAUGCAAUAUCAUUGCAAGAUGGGCGUCCCAUCUCCCAGUCUCCCCGAUCGAACUGUCGACCGUCGCCUACGUUGUCUGCGGUGUCUUGAUCUAUGCCGUGUAUUGGCAUAAGCCCAAAAAUAUGAGCACGUCAAUCAAGAUCCAUCUUCACUAUACCCGAGCUACUCUACCGGCUGAGAUACACGGUUUGACCGAGUCAAACCCCGAGGGAUGGGUUCAUCUCCGGGCACGCAUCAAGAAUGAGGGCUGGCUCUCGCUUACAUGGAGGAUCAUCAAAUCGCCUUUGCUUCGAAUAGAAGACCCGGCGGGUAUGAUAGCGAAAGCGGAGGAGGAGCAGAAUUUUCUCGAGAGGGCACCGUCGGAGGACAUACUGUUCGCUGUGAUGACUACUUUUGUCGCCAGCCUUUUCUGCGCUAUCCACGUUGCUGCGUGGAAAUAUGAUUUCCCGUCCUAUGCCGAACGAAUAUCGUGGCGUGUCUUCUCACUAUCUUCGGUUGCUAUGGUAAAUAUUUUUAGCGCUUCGAAUAGCAUGUUCUAUUACGCCAAAUAUCUGGAGUCAUACGGUCUGCUGCCUCCAUUUAUGAGGGUCUCCACGCGCCCGGAUGGCAUCGCCUUUCGAAUCUGCCUGGUGGCGAGCUCUCAUGUGUAUGUUAUUGUCCGUCUAGGGAUGACGGCUCUUGUCUUUUCGUCAUUAAGGGCCCUUCCUAUGGGCUCUUAUACAAGUAUUAAGUGGGUGACAACCAUACCACAUUUCUCAUGA